UGCUGUGACCACAUGGACUCGACAGACAUCACAGUCAGCAUGGAGGAGUUUUUCAAAACGGUGGCGGAGGUGAGAGGCCUCAUCGAAAAAAUCUCCCGUCAAACAGAGGAGAUGGAGAAACGACAUGGUGCCAUCCUGUCCUCUCCAAACCAAGGGGAAGGAAACAAAGCUGAACUGGAGCAGCUGAACAACGAGACCAAGAAGAACGCCGGCUUGGUCCGAGCCAAGUUAAAAUCGAUGCACACAAACUGGCCUGCGGAUAAGAACGGCCGACAUUCCUCAGUCAUCCAACGAAUUAAGAGCAACCAGCACUCGCACCUGACUCGGUGGUUCGCUGAAGUCAUGAGGGGUUACCACGAGGCGCAGAUCUCCUUCAGAGAGAAAUGCAAGGCACAAAUCCAGAGGCAGCUGGAGAUCGUGGAUAAAGUCACUACAGACGAAGAGCUGGAGGAGAUGCUGCACCGUGACAAUCUGACCAUCUUCAUAUCUGAUAUCAACUCUGACGCUCGGAUUUCAAGCCAGGCUCUGAACGAGAUUGAAUGUCGUCACCAGGACAUCAUGUGCCUCGAGUCCAGCAUCAAAGAGCUGCACGAGAUCUUCCUCGACACUGCCAUGCUGCUGGAGAUGCAGGGGGACUUAAUCAACAACAUAGAAAAGCAUGUUACGAGUGCAGCCGAGUAUGUAGAUGCAGCGACGACAGAAACCGAGGAUGCAGUCACGUACAAGAAAAAUCCGUACAAGAUAGCGUUCCUCCCGAGCUUCUUCAGGCGCUCCAAGAGAAAGAACGCUGCUAAAACUGCCACUGAUCAACACACCUGCAGCUUAAAGCAUGACUCAGCUCCUGACCUGUUUGAACACUGACCGCACCAGAUGUCCUGAUCAGCAUCAAAGCCUGCGUCCGAUGGCUUUCAUCUCAUUUAUGCUGCCUGUUCGCCCUUGAGGCUCUUUCCUAAAGGGUAUUGAUGAAGCUGUUUUUACCUUAAUUGUAAAUCUGAACUUUUGCAAAAAAAAAAAAAAAAGGCCUGUCAAGUGAAAGUGAAGAUGUCGAGCCUCGCUGGGCAGCAGCUGCCUGAUGCUGUAAGUGGAUCAUGAAAAGGACAAAUGCAGCUAAAGGACUUGAAAAUGCAACCAAAAAGUUAUUUUAACUUGUAAAUCAAUGUUUACAGACUACAGACUUUGGUUUCACACAUACCAAAGCCCUCAGUUUCCAUUACAGUCCAGAAAUUUGUUGUAACAGUCUUAUUUUUUUUAAGCAAAACCUCUGGACUGAUUUCUUCAUCCAUUCACUUACUCCGUUAGGCAGUAGGUGGCGUCGCAACAUUAUUGUAGAUACAGCUCCAGGCUUUACCUUCCCUCCUCUCUGCAGUCCUGCCAAACUCUGGUGCUUUUUAUCUGUGAUGCUCUGUUGUGUUUGGGAGGUUUUGUUUUUUUGUCUUUUACUACUGAAAUAUAAUCUAUUGCAUAAUGUCUGAAGAUAAAGUGACCAAGACCAAAGCAAUCCUAAAAUAAACCUGUGAUUAAUCAUA